CGACAAACCCCUGGAGAAUGAUGCCGAGGGCGUGUGGAGCCCAGACAUUGAGCAGAGCUUCCAGGAGGCACUGGCCAUCUACCCACCCUGUGGCCGCAGGAAGAUCAUCCUCUCUGACGAGGGCAAGAUGACGAAACGAGUUGAUUGCACGGUACAUCAAACUUCGCACAGGGAAGACACGGACCAGGAAGCAGGUAUCUAGUCACAUCCAGGUCCUAGCUCGACGGAAGGCCAGGGAGAUCCAGGUGAAGCUGAAGGUACGCUACGACCAGGCUGCCAAAGACAAGGCCCUGCAGAGUAUGGCAACCAUGUCCUCAGCACAGAUCAUCUCACCCACGGCUUUCCAGAACAAGAUGGCUCUCCAGGCCCUGUCUAGACCGGCUUACCCCACUGCUGGUGGGUUUUGGCACGGGACUUUUCCAGGACAGCAAGGAGGCCAUGAGGACAUUAAGCCCUUCUCCCAGCAGAGUUACGCCAUGCAAGCGUCCGGCCCGGCCCCCAUAACAGGUUGUGAAAGCACAGCAGGGCUGCCAAUGUCUCCAAGUGCCCCCCCCUGGCAGGGUAGAAGUAUUGCCAGCUCCAAGCUGCGAAUGCUGGAGUUCUCCGCCUUCCUGGAGCAACCUCAGGACCCAGAGGCUUUUAACAAGCACCUGUUUGUGCACAUCGGCCAGUCCAACCCGAGCUACAGUGACCCCUAUCUGGAGUCGGUGGACAUCAGACAGAUCUAUGACAAGUUCCCAGAGAGGAAAGGAGGAUUGAAGGAGCUGUUUGACAAGGGGCCACACAACGCUUUCUUUCUCGUCAAAUUCUGGGCAGACCUUAGUGUUAACCUGCAGGAUGACAGCAGCUUCUUCUAUGGUGUUUCCAGUCAGUAUGAGAGCUCAGAGAACAUGAUUAUCACCUCAUCCACCAAAGUCUGCUCCUUUGGCAAGCAGGUGGUGGAGAAAGUGGAGACGGAGUAUGCACGUUUUGAGAAUGGGCGCUACGUGUUUCGAAUCCACCGUUCCCCUUUAUGUGAAUACAUGAUCAACUUCAUCCACAAGCUUAAACACCUGCCGGAGAAGUACAUGAUGAACAGUGUACUGGAGAACUUCACUAUCCUACAGGUGGUGACAAACAGGGACACGCUGGAAACCCUCCUGUGCAUAGCCUAUGUCUUCGAGGUGUCCACCAGUGAGCACGGCGCACAGCAUCAUAUUUACAGGCUAGUCAAAGACUGACACAGUCACACAAUUGGAACUUACCUGUUCUUGACCCAUUGUAGCACCUCAGUAAGCAACAACACUAAACAAUGGACUACUUCCUCUGUAAGCUUAAAGCUGAAACCAUACAACUCGGUCAGGAGCCCAGAGAAACACUUGUUUUAUCAGCAUGCCCAAGAGCACAACUACUGCUGAGGAGGAGGUGGAUUUGGGAUUGUGGAAGCUGAAAAAGCCUUUUAUGUGAAAGUAAGAAAAAAAAAAAGAAGAAGAGGACCAUGAUACACUGUGGUCUCUAUACCAAAGGAGCCAAACCUAGCCAACAAGACCUGCAUGAGAAAGUUGUCAUUGGUGGUGUUUUUUUAUCUCAUUUUACUAGUGCUUGUUUUUGAUUUAGUUUCUUUUACACACAUGCAUGUGCAGGGGGAUGUUUGCUACAGAGGAGUUUGGCUGCCUCAGGGAGCCACCUAGUGACUUAAAUAUAAAUAACAAUGGGGAAAAAUAACGAAAGUAGACUGAGAAUCCCUCCUUUGCACAUCCAUAAAAUAUCACUGUUUUUGAUGCCAAUCUUUUGUGUUUUUUGAGCAUUUGAGUAAUUAUGUACAGUGCCACAUCAUCUCCUCUAAACAGAGUUAUGAGGAUAAGAGGCUAAAAUGAUUUAAAAGAGCUAUUGUAUUCACUUUGUUUGAUGUUUAAUGUUAAAUAUGUCUUGUAUUGUCUUACUGUUUUUGGUUGAAAAUGAUCUGACUACAACAAAAAGGCACAUAAUAACACUGCUAACUUGAAACAGAUUUAGAUCUGUAAGCUGAUUACAGAGGUUGUCUGUAACUUGCCCUGAGGUGUCAGAUGAAAAUACAAGUGUUUCUUACAGAACUCUA